UCAGAUGCUUUUGUUUGAGUAGCCGCAACCUCCCUAUGGACUCAACAGAUGUAUCACGAAAUGGCAUUGCUCACUGGGAAUGCAGAUCCUGAGUUCAGCACUUAUUCCUUCAACAACUUGGAAAACCUGUGUGAAGUGCAAACCAAGAAAGGAUUCUUCUACAAAAAGGCCAAACUUUUGCAUCCUGGAGAAGACUUGUGCUGCUUAGCUCGCAUCGAUGACCGGUCCAGGUUUGUGAUCAUCAAUGUAGGCGGUAUUAAAUACAAAAUUCCAUGGACCACCUUGGAGAACUGCCCCUUGACCAGGCUUGGGAAGCUAAAGUCUUGCAACAACUAUGAUGAGAUCAUGAACAUCUGUGAUGAUUAUGAUGUUAGCUGCAAUGAAUUUUUUUUUGACCGUAAUCCUAGUGCCUUCAGGACAAUCAUGACUUUCCUGACAGCUGGGAAGCUGAGGCUUCUCAGGGAGAUGUGCGCUCUUUCUUUCCAGGAGGAGCUUGUGUACUGGGGGAUAGAAGAGGACCACCUGGAGUGGUGCUGUAAAAAGAGAUUGCGACAGAAAGAGGAAGAGGCAGCUGAGGCCAGGCUGUUUGAAAGGGAGAUGGUAUUUAGUGAAACUGCGCAACGUGCCUUCCAGGACACUAGCCGGUUGAGUUUGUGCAUGAGAAGGCUUAGGGAUAUGGUAGAGAACCCCCACUCAGGGAUCCCAGGGAAGAUCUUCGCUUGUAUUUCAAUCUCUUUUGUUGCCAUCACUGCAGUCAGCCUCUGCAUCAGCACCAUGCCAGAUGUCAGAGAAGAAGAAGAUCGGGGUGAAUGCUCACGGAAGUGCUAUGACAUCUUUGUGCUGGAGACGGUGUGUGUGGCAUGGUUUUCAUUUGAGUUCCUGCUGCGAUCCAUUCAGGCAGAGAACAAGUGUGCUUUCCUGAAAACUCCGCUCAACAUCAUCGACAUCCUGGCCAUUCUGCCUUUCUAUAUUUCUCUCAUUGUGGAUACGGUCUCCACAAAAAACAGCAGCAAGCCUGGCGGGGGAUCUGGGAACAAGUACCUGGAGAGAGUGGGCCUGGUGCUGCGCUUCCUGCGGGCUCUGCGCAUCCUGUACGUGAUGAGGCUGGCGCGGCAUUCGCUGGGGCUGCAGACGCUGGGGCUCACUGUGCGCCGCUGCACCAGGGAGUUUGGCCUCCUCCUGCUCUUCCUUUGUGUCGCCAUGGCCCUCUUCUCACCGCUGGUGUACUUGGCUGAAAGUGAACUGGGAGCCAAGCAAGAAUUCACCAGCGUCCCCACCAGUUACUGGUGGGCUGUGAUCUCCAUGACAACUGUUGGCUACGGGGACAUGGUGCCUCGUAGCAUCCCUGGACAGGUGGUAGCCCUGAGCAGUAUCUUAAGUGGGAUUUUGCUGAUGGCUUUCCCAGUCACAUCCAUCUUUCAUACCUUUUCCCGUUCCUACAGUGAGCUGAAGGAGCAGCAGCAACGAGCAGCCAGCAGGCAAAUGCGCAAGCUACCAGAGAACACUGAACUCCCAGGUGAUGACAGUACAAGGGGGCUCAGUGCCACCUUCCCACCAAGUGUUACUGGACAGGACAGUCCACCCAUGGUGGACCAGUAAGACGAGAAGUUCUUGACCCUGAACAGAUGCGAACAUACAUUGGCAGCACAAGAAGCAGUGGACAAGGGAGGUCACUUCUGAAAGAAGAACCUCCUGAACUGCAUAAAUGAGGGGCAGACACACACAAAGUUGUCUCUAAAGACCAACUUUUGAUCUUAAGAGCCCUCUGAAAAGUACCCCUAGAAACUCUGCCAAGUACAGCUCUGCUCCAUUGCUUUUCUUAGGGCUUUUUUUUUCUAUUGAACAGGUAUUUUUGGGUAUCCCCAAGGAGCAGCUGUUGAACGUAGCCAGCUAGGAGAAUGUAACAUGAAGCACAGCCUGUACCAGGGUGCCAUUUGGCAGAGUAACCAGCGUGCCACCUCCUCCCUGCCCUGCUCGGUGGCACUCACGUAUGAGGGGCUGAGUGAGGGGGCUCCCCACACUGCAAUGCCCCAAAGCAUGUUUGUUUUGGCAGCUUCACCAAGGAACACAAACCUCAGACAAGCCAAGGGGCGAUGAGGGCAAGAGAAGGGCAGAAGCAUCCCUUCAGCUUUGCCAGGGGGCUUGGUUUUGUCUUCUACAGAUGAGGCAGCGCAGCCAGGGCUGCCAGCGCUGACUGGUGUGCUAGAAAAGUUUGCAUUAUUUAGUAGAGACGUGUAUUUACCAUCCUAAGCUUUGUAUCUUAGUCCCAUGACUGAAAUAUACAUACAAACAAUCUUUCUGACUGUGGUACUGAACGUUAACUUGUUUUUUUUUUCCUUUGCUAACAGUUGAAUAUAACAAAUAUCAUUACAAAUCAUGCAAUUUCCCCACUUUCUGUUAAGUAUUUCAGUCUCUCGUGUAUAAAACAAUAUGUUUAGCAGAUGACUGAACCAAGCUGAACUAUAUGCAGCCCAAGAAAGGGAGGGUGAUGUUAAACCAGCAGUGACUCCCAGCUCUGCAGUCUUCCUCAGCAGUGGUGACUGCACUGACUGCAGUCAAGUGCAAACGGGAGUAGUCCAAACCCAGUGAAGUCAAUGAGACACCUCCAGUGGGCUCUGGCCCGAGCUGCAAUGUAGCAGCUGUGCUCUAGUUAGCAGUAGCCUUUUUUUUUCCUCCUACUAAGAAAAAGACAAUCCUGUCAUUAGAAUUAGCAUUUUGGCUUUUUCAUUACUCUUGAAAGAUUUAAGUCAAUUUAAAGGGAAAAUUAAUCAUAUGAUGGCAUCUGCAUGUUUGCUUACUGAUGUUGUGAACUCUCCAGCCCCCACCCUGGAGGAGCUGUGUAGGUGGUCCAAGUCAGGAUACUGUGUGGGUCUUUCAGUGCUCCUACAGGCAGGAUAUGAUCAGGGAACGGAGGGAGAUGGAACAUAACAGCCUCUGGUAACUAUGACCCCAUUUGUACUAAAGCCAUGCAGUGUCACCUUCCAUAUUCUCCUCCUGCCAGGAAAGGAACAAAAGCUGAUGCAUUGAAGAUGGGAUUUGUCUGGUUUGGGGUUUUUUUUUGCCUCAGUGUACAUUGUAACACACCAAUCCUACAUUAGCAAACUCUCAUAUUAAGCCAUUCCUUAUAGGAACAAA